AUGGCGACGGCCCAACCGGAGAACACCCCAAGUCCGCUCCAGCCCGAUGAAGAUGGAGCUGUGGAGAGUGGGCAGGAGAUAGUGAGUCCAGAGGCUUACAUGAAGCACCCGCUCCAGAACAGAUGGUCUCUCUGGUUCUUCAAGAAUGACAAAAGCAAAACAUGGCAAGCCAACCUCCGACUCAUCUCCAAAUUUGACACAGUGGAAGAUUUCUGGGCCCUGUACAACCACAUCCAGCUGUCAAGCAUGCUGAUGUCAGGCUGUGACUACUCACUCUUUAAGGACGGCAUCGAGCCAAUGUGGGAGGACGAGAGGAACAAGCAAGGCGGCCGCUGGCUCCUCACACUCAGCAAACAGCAGCGGAGACAGGACCUGGACCGCUUCUGGCUCGAAACUCUGCUGUGCUUAGUGGGAGAGGCCUUUGAUGACUUUAGUGACGAAGUCUGCGGGGCGGUGGUCAACAUCCGCACCAAGGGAGAUAAAAUCGCGGUGUGGACAUCGGACUAUGAGAAUCGUGAAGCCAUCACGCAUAUAGGGAGAGUUUACAAGGAGCGUCUGGGGCUGCCCCUUAAGAUGACCAUUGGAUACCAGUCACACGCCGACACAGCCACCAAGAGCGGCUCCACCACCAAGAACAAAUUUGUGGUUUGA